AUGGCCCAAUGCGGGCUCCGGCUGGGUGCCGGCUUGAGCAUGACCCUGGUCUGGCUGGCUUUGCUGGUCCCUCAUCCUGCCCACGCCUACAUUGACGAUGGCAUCUUCAGGCCCGACCUUCAUGACACCUUUCAGGGCCGCUUCACUGGUCUCACAGGUACUCGCUUCUUUGGCUUCCAGGAAGGUGGUCAGCUGCAUCUGUGGCUCAACUGCUCAGCCAGCCCGGGCCACGUCUAUCUGGCUGGGCUCACCCAAAAGCAGUACGGGGAUCUUCGCGAGCGGCCUAGCGUCACCUGUGCCGACAUUGACCGGAUGGCCUACGCCGUCUACCUCCCAAACUCGACUCAUCCAACCUUACCAAACACUUACGAGGUCGCGGAUCACUUUGGCGGCCCGGGGCGACAUAGCUACUACAAUUUUAUGCUCUUGGAAUGUCCACCUGGGCUGGGCUCAGAUGCCACCCCUGUCACCUGCGAAUACCUGCUCGAAACCAUCAAUCCUGGGGGCGAACAGCUGAGCCGGGACGAGAUACCCUUACCGGAAGUCUACCGCGUUUUUGCCUUUCUCUGGGCUGCCAUCAUCGUCCUUGCCAUUGUCAACACGGCCAUUUACUUUCGCUUUUCUAAUGCCAUGCAUAAGCUCAUCUUCCUUCCCGUGAUCAUCUUUUUGGUGGUCUUUGUGCUCGAGUAUCACAUCUGGACAUACCGCUCCAGUCACGGUACGGACCCCGUCGCCAUGGUCAACGCCAAGACGAUCCUGCAAUUCCUGGCCGAAGCCAUCUUCUUCCUCGUGGUGCUCUGUCUCUCCACCGGCUGGUAUAUUAUCCAUGAAAGUAUUGAACGCCAAUCCCGCAACUACAUCUGGACGCUUCCUCUCAGCUCCUUUGGCCUAGCCCUCUUGCGCCAUUUUGUUCAUCCUUACUUUUUGAUUCUAAUUGUCCUCGUGACGGUGAUCAUGGUGGUCUUUGUGAUUCGCGCAAGCGGCGCCAACCUCAUCUAUCUCCAGCACCGCCGCAUUGAUCUGAUUGGCAUGAUGAAUCAAGACCUGGCUGUGCACCCUCGCCUGUUGUUGCCGUUGAACCUCAAGCUGCGCAUGCUGAGCCGUGUGCGGGCGCUCUUUGUGGCCUACUGCAUCCUCUGGGUUAUCAUCUCCAUCUCGGCCUCGUUUCUGUCCGAGCACACUUGGAUCGCUGAAAUCAUGGUGUCGGCGCUGGGCUUUUUGUUCUAUGCUUGCCUCCUCUUUAUUAUGCGACUGUGGGACUUUAGUCCUUUCUUCGCCACCGAAAAUUUGGCCUCGAAAGAAGUCAAUGUCGAGCUGUUUGUGGACAAGCAGCAAAACCCACUGGGCGUGCUGGUGCAAGUCGACGACGGGCGAUGGCAACCAGCGCAUGCCGCGGCGCUGGUGAUGUUUACGACUUACACUGGAUGUUAUUUUUUGCGCAAAACGCUCACGGCGGCAGCGCUGGAUCUUUUACAGGAGCAGCGUGCGACCGAGGCUGAUCUGGGCUUGCUCACUUCCUUCUUCUCCCUCGGCUAUGGGCUGAGCAAGAUCCCAGGCGGCAUUGUGGCCGACCUGAUGGCUCCAGGACAGAUGCUACAGGCGGUGCUUCUCAUCUCAGCUGCCCUCAACAUCACCUUUGCCCUUGUGGGCAUGCUUUCGACCUGGAUGGGCAUCCUGUUGUGGACAGCCAAUGGAUUUGUCCUGGGAUUUGGAUGGUCACCCAUCGGUGCCCUCAUCCAUGCUUGGUUUCCAGACCCCGAGGGCCGGGCUACUUGGUGGGCGCUCAUAUCCACGAGUCAAAACGUUGGGGCCGGACUGGCUCCUAUUGCCAUCAUGAACACAAUGCAUUUGAGUGUGCUGGACGGAGGCUUGCUUGCGCCGUGGCAACGGGCGUUUGUGUGGCCUGCUCUAUUAAUGGCCGCCCUUGUGCCUUUUGUCGGCACGUUGCUGACUGUGCCGUCCAAGGAAAAGAGGGUCGAGACAUCGAGUAAAACCGCGCCGCAGCGGGAUUGGGCGACGUGGUUCCGCGAGCUGCGCCACCUUCCCUCGCUGUUGGUGCUCUUGGUGGUGGCAAAUAUGCUGAUCUAUUUGACCAAGGACAUUUUGAGCAAUUGGAGUUUGUUGAUGCUGGUGCACGACAAGGGCAUGGAGCGCAGUGCGGCCGGACUGACGCUGUCCUACUUUGAAGCCGGGGGCAUUGUGGGAAGCAUGGUUGCCGGCUUGGCGUCGGACCAGCUGUUCGAAGGACGGCGAGGACCGGUCUGUUGUCUGUACGGCCUGGGUUUUGCGGCUGUGGUUCUCUGGGUACAGACCACCACCGCUACCUGGGCGCUCCAGGCUGGGUAUGCGUUGGCGGGGGCAUUUCUGUUUGGGCCACAGACUUUGAUGGGUCUGUUUGCCAUGGAGAUCUCGCCGCGCGCCCAAGCGGCUUUGGCUGGCAGCCUUGUGAGCGUAUUUUCACAGUUUGGCGCGGGCUUGGCUGGAUACCCUAUCACGGUGCUUCAGCAGGUGUUUGGGCGAGAGGUGGCCUUGUCAAUCUGUGUCGUCGGCGGUUUGGCAUGGGCUGGCGUGAUGCUGCCCACCUGGGGUGUCCGGCCCCGUGCCACCCGCCACGACUAGAGGUGCUUAGCGUAAUCAGAAUCGACCGAGUCCC